CAGGUCGCGAGACGACCGUUUAAUUCAUCAAAAUUAGUAUUUGUCCCGAAAUGCGUGUAUUUUUCGAGAAAUUAAACCAAUUUAAUCCCGGCCUAUGGUACAUAUCGAGUCAUGAGGGUUCAUUUAAGUAUUUGUCCAGGUUGUUGUAGACAGUUGUAGUUCACCGUGUCGCAGUAAUCCCUCCACGUCGGCGGUCGGCGCUGCUCCACUAAACAGAACUUGGAUCCACAACGAAAGAGUAUUUUCAGUGUUUGGUGCACUUUUCCAGGGACGUUUACCCACCGCACCUAAAACAACAACAACGGGUCUUAUGUGGCAUAUUAAAAUCACAAUUUGCGUUAUUUGAAAUGGAUAAUAGCGAGGAAGAGGAUGAAACCGAGUGGGAGAACAGUUUUGUUGAUCCGGUCGCUGCUGCUUCUGGUUCAAGUCUCAAUAAGACAUCAGCACAAGCACCUGCACACAGAGUCAUUCUGCAUUUUGACCUGGACUGCUUCUACGCUCAGGUGGAAAUGGUCAGAAACCCAGCACUGAGAGAAGUCCCUAUAGGUAUUCAGCAGAAAUACAUCAUAGUCACCUGUAACUAUGUGGCAAGGGAGCAGGGAGUCACCAAGCUGAUGUCUUUGACUGAUGCUAAGGAGAAAUGUCCUCAGCUGGUGCUGGUUAAUGGAGAAGACCUGACGCACUACAGAGAAAUGUCCUACAAAGUGACGGAGCUGCUGAUGUCCUACUGUCCACUGGUAGAGAGGCUUGGAUUUGAUGAAAACUUCAUGGACAUUACAGAGAUGGUAGAAAGAAAGUUAGCUGAGACACCAGAGUCCAACAACUUUUCAUUUAAAGGACAUGUCUACAACCAUUUCAGUGCAGAUGUUGAAGCUCAUGAUCAUCCAAGGUUGGCUUUAGGUUCGCACAUUGCAGCAGAGCUGAGGGAAGCCAUCCACAGCAAAGUGGGUCUGACUGGCUGCGCUGGCAUCGCCUCGAACAAGCUACUGGCCAAACUGGUGUCGGGCACUUUCAAACCCAAUCAGCAAACCACGCUGUUGCCGGAAAAUGUCAGCGACAUCAUGGGCUGCCUGAGCAGUCUCUGCAAAGUACCAGGGGUGGGUUACCAAACUACUAAGAGACUCCAAGCCCUGGGAUUGGUCAGUGUGAAAGAUCUGCAGCUCUUCCCACUGAAUGACUUGGUGAGAGAGUUCGGAGGUCCCACUGCUCAGCGCUUGAAGAAUCUGGCGCUUGGUGUUGAUGACUCACCCGUCACCCCUACAGGGGCCCCUCAGUCUCUCAGUGAAGAAGACUCCUUCAAGAAAAUCUCAUCAAGUAAAGACGUUUUGGAAAAGAUUCAAGAACUCCUGAGCAGUCUGGUGGAGAGGAUGCAAAAAGAUGGCAGGCAGCCUCAAACCUUCCGGCUUACAAUCCGUAAAUUCUCAGCAACCAACAAGUGGUUCAAUCGGGAGAGCCGGCAGUGUCCGAUCCCCAACCACAUAGGACAGAAGAUCACCUCCGGCAGCAGUGAUGAUGCUGUGGUCCAGCUGGUCCCGUUUGCCAUGAAGCUCUUCCACAAGAUGGUGGACAGCAGCACCACUUUCCACCUUACCCUCAUCAACGUUUGCUUCAGUAACCUGCAGACUAGGGGCACUGCUGUCGGCGCAAAGGGCUCCAUAACAUCUUUCUUCACACAAAGAACGUCUCCCGGAAAAACACAAAUCUUCUCAUCGCAAAGCCAGGAUGGUCUUUCUCAGAGUGGGGAUAGUCACUGCAUGGAUCAUCAGUUCAUUACUCAACAUGCCUCACAGAGCUCUGAGGCAGCAUUACAUGGGGUUGAAAGAAAACAGAGCCCUGUUGUUGCUGUAAAAGACCCUCCACUACAGAAAGUAUCCUGCAGCCGAGCGAGGUCAGACCCUGAUGAAACAGAUAACAUGGUGACACAUCAGUUGCCCCCAAAUGUUGACCCAGAAGUGUUCGGGCUUCUCCCUGAAGACAUCCAGGAGGAACUGUUAUCUCCUGCCUACACAAACUCUCUCCCCAGCACCUCAGUGAGCUCAGUUUCAGUCGUUGAUGUCUCCCACUUAACAAAAAACAAGUAUCCACAGUCAUCUACAGACUCGGAUCUGACCACAGCGAAUCACCAGAGUCCUGCAGGCACAACUGUAUUUCCAGGAGAAAACAUCAUGGAAGAGGGGAGACUAUCAUUCCCCUGGUCUUCUGACUGUGAGUUUCCAGGAAAUGUGGACCCUAAGGUGUUUUCUGAGCUUCCCCCAGAUGUUCAAAGGGAGCUGAUGUCUGAAUGGAAGCAACAGAAGCCGGCCCUGAAGACCCCCUCAUGCAGGAAACCAGGGAGAAGCUUGAUGACCAAAGACAGAAAAGCUGCAGGAAAAGGGAGUCAGGCAAACAAUUUGUUCAAGUAUUUCAAACCCAGUUAGAGAAAGACGUUGCCAAGUUAUUUUGUUACGUUAUUUAUCUUAAAGAUAGAAAAUAUUCUAUUUCCUAUUGUUGAGUUCUCGUGAUAUAUACAGAUAUUGAACAAAAAACAAGAAACACUUGACACUAUUCUACAGUAUCCCCUUUAGCAAGUAACACUUUAGUGAGGCUGUUUUGUUUUUAGUGAUAAAAAUGUUUAUGAAGCAUUUCAUUGACUGAUUUGUAAAAUAAAACAGGUUUUAAUAAAUCAUUUACAAAUUAUUUAAUUAAUCCAUAAAUACAUUCACUAAAUUACUGAGUAAUUUGUUAGUUAUGAUGAUUGAUAUUUGAAGGGCAUAUUGGAUAUUAUUAAUUUGUCAGUUCUUUUGAUAAUUAUAAGUCGUUUGUUAUUUAAAUAUCAAUGACAUACUUUGUAAUUGAUUGUAUUUUAUUAAGUAAAAUCUUUCAUUAAAUCCUGUUUUUAUUGGCCAAUCAGAUAUCUAUGGAAAGCAUGCUUUAUACACAUAUAUAAAUGAGUAAUAUUAAGUUGAAUACCAGUUCACAGUGUGUGUUGUUCUUCGAUAGAGGUGUUAACAGGCAGCACAACAUUAAUUACAGAUGUACAAAUUGGUCAGAUAGCCACAGCUUGAUUUCUGAUGCAUCACUGAAAAACAGUAAAAUAAUUUUCAGUAACAGUAAAGGUGUUUUAAAAAUCAUGCCAAAAAUAAGAACUGCACUGACACAAAAGAGAGAAUGUGGCAAACACACCAGCAUUAACUGACACUAUUAAGCAAUGUGAUUUAACAAACUACUUUUUUAGUUUGAAAAAUAAAACUAAACGGAGGGUUGACUUUUUCACUUUGAAUUAAAAUUAUAUAUUUCAAGUUUUUAGUGGGGUGUUUGUUUUUUUGUCCACCCCGUAUGCCAGUGUUAAUAUGCAGAUCAGUUGCCUUUUUGAAAAUACGAAUAUAUUGUAAAUAAAAAGCUUAUUACAGAUUUCAUUUGACAUCUACAAACUGCUUGAUUUUGUUGUUUUGAUUUUUGAACAUCAUGUGUGAAUUCUCCCCUUAUCUGAAGUGACCUUGUUAUGUUACACUUUGUAAACAUGGAUCAAAAUAAAAUGGAUCAACUAAAUUCCAAAA